CUCAUGGUUUAGUUCUCAUGGGUUCCCCCGCACCGCUUUAUCGAUCGCAGUUUAUAAUACAGAACCACCAAUGUAAGGAUAUAUUCUUCAGCAAUUUAAACACACGAUAUGAGUUCCCUGUACUAACCGCACAAACUACUGAGAUUUAUCGGUAGCGAGCAUCGGUCCAUGUCACGCGCUCUUUCAAUCGUACUGGUUAAAUAUUAAUAUGUCUGGUUGUGCUACGGAUGUGUUGAUGCGCUACGUCUGAAGCUGUGUUGAUCAAAAUGUGAUGAAACGUGCGUUAUGUGCUACAUAAACAAGCAUUGCUUUUCAGCCGAGUUGUAAGAUAGAAAAGAAAAUCAUUUUUGUGAGAUUAUUUAAAUGUAUUCACUCAAAAGGAAUUAGUAGAAAAAAUCACACUAUGGGUUGUGUGUUAGACAAAAGUGUCGAAGGAAAACAUUUGGAAAAUGAGACCCCGACCCCCUCGGAUUUAAGCCCGGGGGAGGAGCCGCGUCUUACUGAGGAAGAAAUCAAGAUGCUUGAGGAUUGUUGGAUUACUCUAAAGGGGGAUAUAGAGAAAGUUGGGGUCAUCACUUUCAUUGGAUUGUUCGAGACACAUCCAGAAGUUCAAGAUUCAUUCCUGCCAUUCCGCCAGCUUAGCAAAAAGGACUUGGAACUGAGCGCCAUUCUCAAGAGUCACUCUCUGAGGGUGAUGGGAACAGUUGAUAAAUGCAUUGCACGUGCAUCGCAACCUGAAAAAUUACGGGAUCUCAUGUCGGCACUAGGGCAGCGUCAUAUAUCCUACAGUGCUCAAAUCGAGUUCAUUGAAAUGGUUGGGAUGCAAUUUGUGUACGCAAUCGAACCGCACCUGAAAGACUCUUGGUCGCCGGAACUUCGGGAGUCAUGGCUGAAGCUUUUCCGUGUAAUGACGUAUUAUAUGGCGAAAGGUAUGAAAUCAACACCGACCAAGACAAGUUGAGUUUCCACCUUCGGCAUUAUCUCCAUCACAAAGUCAAUAAAGGGUGACAUCAUUAUGAUUUGCAGUUGAAAGUUCACGAACCAACACCAUUUUCAACAACGUUGCAAUUUUUUAUUUGACGAAUAUUGCAAUAUUCUCACAAGGAAUCACCGAAAUUUUGAGCUGUUUGGUCAAAUGGAAUGUACAGUUUGUCAUAUAUUUUAAUGACAUCAUUAAACUGUGACGUAUCGCAUAUAAACACCUAUUAUUGCUGCCUUAGGAUAUGUUCCAAAUAUGUCAGUUAAUGAUAAUAUUGAUAUUAAAUGACGGAUAAGUAUUCAUGGAUUAGAUUAGAUUUUUCGUUCGGUCACACUUGAAUUCCUUCGAAAUAUUAAUGAAUAACGUAUUUUAUUGACGGUGCGUUGUUUUCACUCUCAAAAUAGGCAGGAACUAUUCGGUAUUUGUUAAGAUUACGGAAUACAGAACAGUUGAUAAAGUUAAAGAAGAAUAUCGAAGGAGAAGAUUUUAUUGGCGAUGCAUUGAGGAACCGACGGGAACAGGUUUUUAUCUUCGUCUUUGUUCGGUUUUUUGUUACUCAUUUAUGUUAUUUUCUACUUUUUAUAUGUUUAAAAUCAGUUUAUUAUCAAAGGUUACAUGAUCAUUUAUUGAAUUCAAUAUACUGUUUUCCUUACAUAGAACACCUUUAUAAGAAGACAGAAUUAUUCUUUUCGCAAGUGUUUACCACAACAGGCUAUCGAGUCUUCAGCCAAAACAUGUGGUGUUUAUGAAAUAUUCACCACAGCCAGAGAAAUAAUUUAGUAUACUCGUGUCGUAUUUGGCAACUGGACUGUUGUUUUCCUUUUCCUUUUAUUUGGAUGGUAUGUAAUUUCAGCAGACAGGGUCGGAUGAAGACGGAUUACAGUGAAUAUGCAAAAAAGCUUAUAAACAUUGUGUCUCGCAAAACUGGCUGAAAGUACAGUCUUCUGCAUUGGCAAAGGUUUUUGGCAUAGGACCUGCAAGAUAUUAGCAUCCUAGUAUUUGGUUAGAUUCGAAAAUAUGACUUACUUUUAAUGAACCAUUAGUUUUUUUUAAAGAUAUUCUCAUGAUCCUGAUGUUAUUUGAAUUGUUUUCAAACUAUCAUUGAACGAUUAGCUGAUAAGUUUUAGAUUUUCUUGGGUAGUGUUUGUGUGAAAGGCCUUAAUUUUGAUUAUGAUUAGAAACAAUGAACCACAUUGAACCGUUAGCUGUUUAUGUUUAGACUGUUUUUGGUAGAGUUCAUAUUAAUAGUUUUAGAGUAUUCUUUGAGAACAUGACACACUAUCGCAAAACUAUGUGCUGUUUUUUUCUUUUUUUUUCUUGGAUAAAUUUUAUAUCAACAGCUUUCGUUUAGAGUAUGAUUUGAAACUGUGACACAUUAUCCCUUAACCAUUAGCUGAUUAUUUGUAGAUGUUUGUACGUCUGUCUGCCUUAGAAUUAUCAUUUGACGGACACAUAUGCAGAUAUAUGUGAUAACUUAUGUCAAUAAAUGUUACACACACACACACACAUAUAUAUUGAUUAAUACGUUAUAAUCAAUAUCAAUCGAUAUAAUACAUUAUUUUUAUUUACAUGUCACUGAGCAUAACACAUGUAUUAAUUACUAUUGUACAACAACGCGUUAACUAUGUAGUGAUAAUUUAUUUCAAUGACGUUAUGCAUCCUUAUUGUUGUAAGUUUCAUUUUAACGUCGUGUAGAAAUAAAUUGAAUUGUUAGUUUCGUUUCAAAGUCGUUCGUGUAUCAGUUCCAUUGUAAGUUUCAUUUCAAAGUUGUUCGUGUUUCAAUUUCACUGUCAGUAUCAUUUCAAAGUUGUUCAUGUUUCAAUUUCAUUGUAAGUUCCAUGUCAACGAAAUUGUCCCUAAAUGAAAUAAACAAAUGACUCAGGUUCGUGAUUAGACGGAUAUCCGGCCAAGGUCGAGACAUUUGUUUUUCAAAAUGUAUAAUCAAUUAUUAUUGAUCACUGUAAAAUACAUAUGAAAGUAUGCAUUGCAACGUGUGCCUUCUAUAAAUAGAAAAAAAUACCGAUGUAGUUUUAGAUUGUAAUGGAAUUGUACAAUACACGGAAUCUAUUGAAUGUGUAUGCUUGUCUUAGGUGUUGAACCAAGAUCUUGUUUGAACUAGUCAUAAACGAAUUGCAGAGAAUACAGGUCCUUCUUCACUCUUGAUGAAAACGUUGACAUUAUCAGGACAGACUUUCUCAGUGGGGCCGAAGAGGGAAAAGAAGCCCUGAUUUCUUCCCACAGAGAGAAAUAAUAUAUGUACAUUGUAGUUUGGUGCAUGAUAUGUUUACCUUUAAAGACUGUUCAAGGACAUGGUUUGAUAAUGUGUAGUUUAUAAACUCUAUUGAAUACUGCAUAAUGUGUAUUCUCGUGUUUGAAUUAAUAUUGCGAAUGCGUGACGAAUCGAUUGCGAAUUGUCGAUGUUUUGAAUAUUAAAAAAAUGUAUAUGAAAUUUUGCUAGGUAAAUAAAAAGAACAUUAGUUUCGUCCUCACAAUGUUAUAAUAUCCGACAAACUGCUCUGAUCAUAUUCGGAUUUACUUUCGAUCAUUAGUGAUCAAUCUAGCAUUCGUCUGGUAACCUUACUACGUUUCUGCUGUGUGUUGUAGCCAUAUAUGUUUUCUUUCCCAAAGUCGUUUCUUUGAUACAGCUGUUUCAAUACAGUGUACCAGAAAAUUUUCGCCUUGCGCCUAUGAAAUAAUUUUUUGCCCAGUAUUAAGUUUAUCCUUUACGUUUAAUUACUAUGUCUUUUAGACUAUUUACUUAUAUUCGCUGUUAUGAAAAGUUUGCCCUCAUUACGGAGAGCGACAAAGGCGUAAAUCAAACUGCAGCGAAAACUGCAUGUUAUACAGUAUUUAGCAAAGAUUGACGGUCACAAGACUCCCGCUACCUGAUAUUGAUUGAAUAGGUUGAUUUGAAUUUUUUGCUUAUAUCAGUUCAUAAUUCAUUGCUUUUACUUAACAUACCGUUUGUGAUCCCUUUUCUAUAAACGAGUAUAAAUAUCAUUGAAUGAUAUGGAAGAAUUGAAAAACUUUGUAAGAUGACGAGGUUGAUUACUGUAUAGCUGGUAUUGUUCGCGAGGGAUUUAAUUUCGCUAUCUGCCACACAAGCUAGCUCGAAAUAACAUGAGCGAAUACCAAUACCAUAUAUUAUGAUCUCUAUGAAAAUAUAUAGUCAUACCUAAAAGAAAAACAUAUGUUUAUCGUUUAAUGCGGAAAAAUUGAAGAUGAAACAUUUCAAUAUAGCAUUUAACUAUAAUUUCACAAAACAUUUGGUAUAUAAAUCCUAUCACCCAAAUGUUAGCGUCAGAUCGUGAGAACGAUAUUUUCAUCUGGCGAUGUUGACCAAAUUUUAGUCUCUGCGAAAUAAACUGACAACAACGAUAUAUUAGCCCCUCCUUCUCCCCAUACGAAUAAACAACUAUACAGUAUAUAUUGUUAUAUAUCACACAUUAGGUAACCUACCAUUUGUUUAAGACAAACAUUUGUAUGUUUUAAUUGGCUAAUUGAUUGGAUUAACGUCCUUGUUUCAGUUGUAUGAAAUGUUAUUUUGACUCUCUUUCUAUUGAUAAAUCGUUGCUGUAAGAAUUAAAUUGUAAAACUACAAUUAAAUAGUAAGAAUCAGAACAUGAAUACAUUACGAAAAUCUAUCGAAAAUCAAUGGAAAGUUACCAGUGAAUGUUACGGUUUUUCAAGCCAAUGAAAUACCAAAAAUGAAACCUUUCUAACCUAAUCCCGCAGGACACGUCAUUAUAGUAAUAAAAUAGUAAUAAUUCGAGGUUCUUAUAUAACGCUUUAUCACAACCUAGUUCGUAGGUCGUCGCAAAGCGGUUCAGAAAGUCAGAGAACACAUGUUUUCGGAAAACAUUGGUCUGUUGAAAGAAACAGAAAUACAAAAUCAUCACUAUAUUCUAAUAAAAGAUAUCGUACAUAAUUAUAUAAUAUGUAUAUAAUACAUUCAUAGAAACAGUCUCAACAUGAACCUUAUACCGAAGCACAUGAUUAGGUAAGUUUCAUUACACUGUUUGUAAUCAUUGUACGUUAAUCUGGUAUUGUGCAAACAAUGAAGAAGUAAAAUAAUUGACACGUAAGAAAUAUGUUGCAGAGUUUUUAUUUAUAUUUUUGCCUUUAAUUUCGUUUUCCUUGAGCAGAGUCGGACAACUUUUGCUAUUAUAACUAAGUUUAAAACAAAAUCCAUUUUAAAACUUCAACAAGAUGAUGAUUGUUUAAAAGAAAGUUCACAAACUGAAGUCUGAAAUUUAUGUGUGUCAUUUUUACGAAUUAUUAUAAACGUGCAUGAACAAAGAAUACUUGCAACGAACCUACUUGGAUUUUAAUACGUACAAUGUGUUCACAUAGAUGGUUAUUGAAAAAUCAAUGCUUCAGUUUAUAUGUACCUUACUUUUAGUAACAAGUCAAUAGGCCUGACCUGUAACGAGAAUUCAAUUUGUCUUACUAAUUAAUGGUAUAUUAAGUCAAUAAAUACUGUAUGCCGGGAACUUUUCGCCCAGUCAAACUUUCGACCUUCGCCGGUAAAAUUCAUAUUUUCCCUAGUUAUAAUUUCGUCUUAUGUUGUUUAUUACUAGUUAAUGUGAUGAUAAAUUCGCUCUCGCUACGGAGUCCGAAAAAGGCGAAAAUUAACUGCGGCGAAAAUGUUAAGGUAUGUAGUACAAUGAUAUGAACUUAAACGACGUUAAACACAUAUAAUGCCUUCGUUUUUUUGAUGCAGUUACAUUGAUGUAUGUACAUGAAUAGGUUUCAUAUUCAUUAUUCAUAUUCUAAUAUCAAAUUUAUAUAAUUAAAAUUUGAAUUCCGUUAUAUAAUGCAUGGUAACUCUAUGAGAGAAAGAGAGAAAAAUGUUUGGUUUGGUUUGUUUGUGUUUUGCGUCCUAUCAACAGCUAUGGCCAGGUUUUGUGGUGGAGGAAAGCCGGAGUUCCCGUAUUAAAACCAACGACCUAUAGCCAGUACCUGCCCCACGUAGGACUUGAACCCGCGACCCAGUGGUGGGGGGCUUGUGGAAGCAGAUUGUCAGACGCUUAAUCACUUUGCCACAGUGGCCCAAAGAGUUCACAAUGAAUAAAUGACGGAUUGAAAACUCAUGAAGAUUCGGUCCGAGAUUUGUGUUCAAUAAUUAGGGAAAGAGAUUAAACACAGCAUGUCAGACAUAUGAAGCAAAAAAUAAGCUUAUUUUAACACAAAUAUAGAUUUGUAGCCAUGAGCAAUGUAUCACAGUACAAUGAACGGGAGAUAACUUUUACUACCGAAGCACCAUUUUCUGCAUCAUUUGUAUGAAUUCUGUCAGUUUGAGCGCAUCUGGACAAUUGAGAUUAUAUAGCGUCCAUUUGAAUAGAUUUUAUUUGUUUUUAUUUUUCCUGGAACGGCUCGGCGAGUGUUAUUUACGGAUAUCUUAAUUGCGAAAAAUAUGAUGAAUAUCAUUACAAUCUUGGAAAAAGAAAUGGAACUAACUAUUUCAAGGCGCAUAUUUGUGUUUGAUCGUGAUUAUUGCAGAACUAAAAAGCUAACAACCAGACAUUUAUACUGCAGUGCAAACUGAUAUAAAACGUUUUGUAUGCACCUUUUUGUAAACUAUUAAAUACACUACCUAUACACAUUCUACAUUAUUAUUAUCAUUUUAUCCGACCUUAUUUAUUUCUGCAA